CUUUACAAUGCUCAACCUGCCUUAGAAGCUCAAAAACUCGAGAACAACUCUCCUCUAGCGAGGUCUGUCUAGUUGAUUUGUUUCACACUUAAGCAGCUGGCAUAACGAACAAACAUGAGCUUAAAAGUUGGAGGGCAAAUAGAGAAGGUGAAUGGAAGAGAACUUUCCUACUCUGAAUUUGUUGAAAAAUACUUGGACAAAAACCAGCCUGUGCUAUUAAUUGGUUUAAUGGAUGAUUGGACAGCUUCCAAACACUGGGUUUCCGCCAAUGGCCAACCUAACCUCCUCUUCUUUUCUACCCAUUUUGGUAAAUCCAAAGUUCAGGUUGCAGAUUGUGGUACAAGGGAAUUUACCGAUCAGAAAAGGAUAGAGAUGUCUGUUUCGGAGUUUGUUAAUCACUGGCUUCAGGGUUCUAAGGAGAACCUUGAUGUUAAUGGGAAGUCCGUUCUAUAUUUGAAGGACUGGCAUUUCGUGAAGGAGUAUCCAGAAUAUCAAGCAUAAACUCCACCUUUUUUUACUGAUGAUUGGCUGAAUCUUUAUCUUGACAAUUAUCGCAUGCAUGACGAUCUGGACACCGAUCAAGUGAAUAAUGAUAUAAGUUGCUCUGACUAUCGCUUUGUGUAUAUGGGAGCUAAAGGAUCCUGGACACCUCUUCAUGCUGAUGUUUUCAGAUCAUAUAGCUGGUCGGCAAAUGUGUGUGGCAAGAAAAAGUGGCUUUUUCUGCCUCCUCAGCAAGUUAAUCUUCUGUUUGACAGGAACAUGAAAAACACCGUAUAUGACAUCUUUGAUGACAUUAGUGAAACUAAAUUUCCUGGUUUUAGGAAGGCUAUCUGGCUGGAGUGCACACAGGACCGGAAUGAAAUUAUCUUUGUGCCAAGUGGAUGGUACCAUCAAGUCCAUAAUCUGGAGGACACAAUAUCAAUAAACCACAAUUGGUUCAAUGGCUACAAUCUUUCUUGGGUGUGGGAUCUAUUAUUAAGAGACUACAAGGAGGCCAAGGAGUACAUAGAGGAUAUCAAAGACAUUUGCGAUGAUUUUGAAGGGCUCUGUCAACGCAAUCUUGCAGCAAAUACAGGAAUGAAUUUUAAUGAUUUCUUCAUCUUCAUAUCACACUUUUCACUGGCCAAUGUGGUGGAGCUAUAUUAUCUACGUGGUGAAUCAACUCUGAAAAUUCAAUCUGCCAGUGCUCUGAUAGUAAAACAUUUUGCUCUGAACCUUGCAUCGAUAAGGAAAAUAGCAUUGAAGAUGAAAUCUGAAUGUGUGCAAGGAAAUCUUGGAAACGUAAAUUUGUGGGAAACUCUAAGCGAUCCUAAGUUUCUUAAACUAUGCACCGGUUUAGGCAGAAUAUAUUCAGUUGUCCCCGAGGAAGAGGACUGGAGCUGUUCCGUGAAGAAAAUUCUGAUGGCUGAUUUUGAGAAGUACGGAUCUCAAGUUUGUAGUCCAGAAGAUCUCGUUACAUUUAUAGACCUUGCCGUUUCAAAACUUGGUAGCAAUUGCAAUGAACAAAACACUCUUCUGUCAGCAAUAUACGAAAUCCAGCCACUUCAACAAAAGUAGCAUUCUUAACAGUAAUUUUUCCCUCUAUAUCCAUGUAUGCAGUCGACUCAAACGUAGACAAGAGGCUUAUGGAAGCAUUCAAGAAAAGCUUAUGCAAUGGAAGUGUAUAUGCACUACAGCAGGAAACUUGACCUUUGUAAGUUUGUUGUAUUGCCUAGAAUCAAAAUCGACACAUUUCGUUCAUCUAUAUAUAUAUAUUUAAGGGUUCUUUAUUUGGCCCCCUUUUCUUGAGCUCUCAAACAUCUAAAUGUGUGUAAAAUGAGGAAGAAAAUUCUUCUGUUAUUUACUAUGAUUGAGAAUUUAAGAUUUUAGCAGCAAACAAGAAAAGACAGACAUCACUUGCUAGAAUUAUUAACAGUUUGUAUUUUUCCCUCCAACUUUUACAUGUAUAUAGUCCCCAGCUGGGAGGGCAAAUCAACCUUCCAGGGGACCAAAAAUAUACAUUGAUUGAUAGAGA